AUGGAGUACGGGUACUUGAGUGGGGCUGGUGGCGGAUUUGAGAGCGGCUGCCUAGGCUCCGGUGGCGGCGAACUGUCGUGGGGCGAGCUGGCAUCAUGCGGCCAGAUGUCGCAAGCAGCUUAUCGCUAUCAGGGUAUGCGCUACCAGCCACCACCGCCACAGUGCGCGCGCCCUCAGGACGCGGCUAUGAGGAAUCAUCAUAUUUUCCCGCCAACCAUGAAUUUACAACCUGGACUACCUUACAAAGUGUACGGCAGCCAUGAAGGUUCAUUGACAGAAAAACGAAAACAGCGACGAAUCCGCACCACCUUCACUUCUGCGCAACUCAAGGAGUUAGAGCGAGCUUUUCAAGAGACGCACUAUCCUGACAUUUAUACUAGGGAAGAAAUUGCUAUGAAAAUAGACCUAACAGAAGCGAGAGUACAGGUAUGGUUCCAGAACCGAAGGGCAAAGUUCCGAAAGCAGGAGCGUCUAGCACAGCAGAAAGCGGGUGAAGCCCCAGUGAAAGCAGAGGGCAAGCGGGACAAACCGUCUUCUCCAGCAACAUCCCCUCAUCCGGCGCCACCUGCAUCGGCGCCCCAGCCAGCGCACCAUGCUUUGCCUCAUUUAUCUCCGCCCGAUUUGAAACCUAUCACGUCAGCAGCAAAUAAACUAUGUGACGAGCUAAAUAAUGGUGGUGGUCCAGGUAUACCGCCCGUGAGUGGAACUGGCAGUAGCAAGUGGGCCGGCGGCUGCGGCCUGUUGCGACAGCCCUCAGGAUUCCCACUGCUCGGUGUCGCGCCUCCGAACUACCUGCUCUCAGAUCAUCUUGGAACUCUCGCUAAAACGAACAACCAUCUUUUCUAAUGGGUAUAAAUCGUAUUAUUAACUCACUGUUUUUCAUAGCUGAGUUAAGGGGAGGAGAUAUCACAAUAAAUAACCAUCAAUUUUCGAGCAUCCUAGAGACAUCUGAGUGACAAAUUGAAGUGAACAUGAUGCUUAAAUUACGAAUGGUAAAUUGUGUGAUUUCGCUACUAGUGAAAUUAAAUUACAAGUGCCAAAAUGUGUCCAUUUAAUUGUAUUAUUGCAAUAAUAAACAUUAAACGAAGUUUUAGAUGUAUUUAUAUUGCUAAAACGGUUACACGAUCUGGUUUUCAUGUAUAGAAGUGUAAUAUUUCAAACAGAGUGUAUUGUUAAGAAUUCUUGUAUUAGAUACCAAUUAAUUGAUUUAUUAGGUCAAUAUAAAAUAAAAUUUUGUGUGAUAAUGUCUGUAAAUACGAACUCCAAAACAUCGUAUACGUCAUUGAAGUAUACUCACUUAAUUGUAAACGAAAGAAAAUAAUUAAAUAUAAAGUAUUGUAUUCUUUUUUUAUACAUUAAUGUCGAUUUUUUUAUAUACAGAAUAAUUUGUUUUUGUAUUUUAUCUGUAAAGGAAUUAUUAAAAGAACUAUUUAUGAUGUUUCUGUGUCGAUGGUUGUGUUUGAUUGUGAGCGUGAUUUGACAUCAAAAUAUUAACAAUCUAGUCAUAAAAUACAUAUAUACAUUAAAUAUAAUUUAUCUUUUGUUGCGUUUAUAAAAUUUUACGUACCUACAUUCCAAAGUAAUAGUUCUUAGUUAGGUAUAUACAGUGCAGACUGGCGUAGUAGAAUGUGUAAAUAUGUAAUCUAAAGUAAUUUGUAAAUAAUACAUAGCGAUGUACCCGAGUGCAUGUAUGUAAUUAAAUUGAAGAAUUUGU